GAGACGUGCACACGUGCCGGCUCCGUCCGUUCCAAAAUUAAUCGCCCCCUCCUCCCCCCUUCCACCCGCUCGCGGAUUUACUCCGAAGUGAGCGCGCCGUUAAGCAGGAGCGCUCACACACAGCGCCGUUCGCGCGCUCGCCGUCGUCGAGGAAUCUCCGAUUUAAAAACAAACAAACAAACAAAAACAAAAAAAACAAAAUGCGAUCCAAAGCAGUGAUUUUGUUUUUAGUGCUGGGCGCGUUCACGGCGUACUAUGUUUACUCGCCCAUUCCGGACGACAUUGAGGAGAGGUGGAAGCUCAUGCUGACGGACUGCUUCUUCAGAAGUUUAAGCCACCUGGCAGACUUCAGUGAGCUCCUGGGGCUGAAGGACUACAUGGGGGUGAUGAUGUUCAUCACCUUUGUCGAGCGGGUGGUACCUGUGUCCGACGAGCGGGUGCAGGUGGCAGAAGAGCUUUUCAGUGGUGUGGAGGUGGUGGUGUAUCAGCCCAGGCAGGAGAGAGGAGCUGGAGAGAAGAGGAGAGCUAUUAUCUAUCUGCACGGGGGAGGAUGGUGCCUAGGCAGCUCCAGAAUGGGACCCUAUGAUCUUUUGGCCAGACAGAUGGUUACAGAGCUCAAUGCGGUUGUUGUUUCAGUAGAAUACCGUCUGGCCCCAGCUCACCACUUCCCUGUCCAGUUUGAGGAUGUGUACCAUGUAGUCAAGCACUUCCUCCGAGUGGACGUCCUGGACAGCUACAAAGUGGACCCGGAACGCGUGGCAGUCUCCGGGGACAGUGCAGGAGGCAACCUGGCGGCCGCAGUGGCACAGCAGUUGCAGCUGGAGCCAGAGCAGCAUGUGAAGCUGAAGGUCCAGGCCUUGAUCUACCCGGUACUGCAGGCCUUGGACCUCAACACUCCAUCCUACCAACAGAACCAGCACAUGCCCAUCCUGCCACGCACACUCAUGGUGCGCUUCUGGAGCCAGUACUUAACCAGUGACAAAUCCCUCUUCUGGGCCAUGAUGGCCAACGACCACAACAGCCCUGAGUCAGCUGCACUGCUAAAGUUUGUCAACUGGAGUGCCUUCCUGCCAGAGUCGUACCGCCAGGCGUACAAUUACAGCGCCCCACCUAUAGCAGCAGCCGAAACACCUGAGCGCCCAGUUCGUUCCAUGAUAGACCCACGGGCCUCACCCCUUCUGGUGCCCGAUGCUGUGCUACGCCCAUUCCCCAAAGCCUACGUGCUGACGUGCGAGUAUGACGUGCUGCGGGACGACGGUAUGAUGUAUGUCACGCGCUUACGUCAGGCUGGGGUGGACGUGACACAUGAACAUUACUCAGGCGGCUUCCACGGCGCCCUCAUGUUCACCAUAUGGCCCACCGACUUUGAAAUCGCUCAAAGGAUGACGAUCAACUAUAUACUGUGGCUCAAGCAAAAUUUGUGAAUGAUAUCAUUUUCCAAAAUUUGUAAAUUACAUGAUUUUGCAAGAAAUGCAAAUUAAAUAAUUUUCCAAACAUUGUAAAUGUCACAAUUUUACAAAAUUUGCAAAUUAUUUAAUUUUAUUUUAAUAUGCAAAUUAUAUAGCUACAAAUUUGUAAGUUAUAUAAUUGUAAAUAAAAAAUUGCAAAUUAUGUAGUUACAAAAUGUGUAGAUCACGUUUCAAAAUUAGUAAAAUAUGUAAUGUUACGAAAUGUGUGAAUUAUAAAGCUACAAAAUUUAUGAAUGAUAUAGCUACAAAAAUUGUAAAUUACAUAAUUUUACAAAAAGUAUGUAAUUGUACAAAAUUUGCAAAUUAUACAAUAUACAGUAUGUACAUACAUAUAUAUAUUCAUGUACAUUCACAAAAUCUAAAAAAUAGCCCCAAAUCAUUUUAUAUUAUGGAACUUUACAAUAUAUGCACAUUAUGUAACUUUGAAAAUUGUAAAUUACACUAUUAUACAAAAUGUAUACAUUUUAAAUUUCAUAAUUUUAAAAUUCUAUCUUUAUGAAUGAUAUAAUUUUACAGAUUAGAAUUUACAAUUAGAAUUAGCUAAUUAUAUAAAUACAAAAAAUAUAUAAUUUACAAAGUUGUAAGCUAUAUAAAGAAUAGCUUUACAUUCCUUCUCUCAGACGCCCUCCUGGCACCAGGCUGUGGUUAGAUGUUCAGUGUUUUUCUUUUGUUUUUUAAUUUAACCAAAUGUAUUCUGGGUGUUUCAUGCUGUUUACAUAGCCGCUGCUGACAGUUUGGGUAUUUUCUUUUCUC